AUUUUUGAAGUUAGUUUGUAUCCAUUUUGUGAAGUGUUCUGAACUCCAGGUUAGAUUUAAUCUAGGAGAAACAGGGUUUUGGGGGAAAGCCCUCAUGGGGAGAGGCACCAAGUAAUGCUCUCUUCCUCAUUUUCUUAAGUAUUGACAUAAAAUUGUGGAGAAUUGGUUCCAGAAAAAGAGGUAAGCUCAAGCAGUGAUAUCAAAGAUUUGGAUCAUUUCCCAAACCUCGCCACUGUUUCUCUAGCCUGGAGUGAGAGAGAAAGAGAUCAAUUCUGAGAUCAAUUCAUGAGUAAUGUGAUUUUUUCCGAAAGCACAUAAAGUGUGCUCAUUUUUUGCCUUAUUUGGCACCUUGUGGGCACUGAUCUAUAACUUUUUUGGAAGCUCACAGGAUAAAUGACUUUUAAACACCUCCCUGUUUUAGUGCUUGUUUUAAGUCCAACCACAGGUAUCCCUGCUGUGAAGCCUGUAGGGCCAUUUCUCAGCCUCUGGUUACUUCUUCAUUUCUAUUUUUCCAUAGUUCCCAGAAAUUUCACUUGUUUUCUAAUUCUUUUGCCAAGUUGGCUAAUGGAGAGGCUCAUGGCUGGCUCAAUUGGUAGAGCAUGCGACUCUUGAUCUCUAGGUCCUGAGUUCAACCCCCACGUUAGGUGUGGAGCCUCCUGAUUAAAAAACUAAUAAUAAAUAAAUAAGUAAGUAAUGGAGGUGAAAGUGAGCAAUAAAUGUAAGCCCUGAAAACAAAACGUAAGUGAUCUUUUUAAGUGUUGUUCUGCUAUAAACCUUAUUCUUGCUUUUUCCUAUAUGGAACAGCCUUGUGAUUGUGUGUGUAAACAUUAUUUUGUUGUUUCUCUGUGCUAAUAAAGUUUCCUAGCAUGUGCUGCUUUUUUACAAUGGAUACUCCUAUUGGCUUCAGCUUCUGGCUAUCAGCAACAAAGCUGCCCUGGACAUCCUAUUAUCAAUCCGUGUGAGAAUAUCUGUAGUGCUUAUCUAAGGGCAGUAUUACUGGGUCGUAAAUAUAAGCAUACAUACUUCAGUUGAGCAAGUGCUGCUAGAUUUUUCUCCAGAACGGCUACACCUGUCCAUACAGAGGUAGAGGAUUUUCGUGUCCUCAUGUCCCUACUAUUUUCUGUAGUCAACAUUCUAAGUUUUGCCAUACAUACACCAGCACAUGGUAUAAAGUGAUAAUUCUUUAUUUUAAAUUGCAUUUUGGAUGAUUUGAAUUUGAGCAUUUCUUCAUAUCCUUCACCAGUUUUCUUUUCAUGUGAAUUUCCUUUUCUUAACAUGCUUUGGUCUUCUGAUUUUUCCUGAUUUUUUUGUUAUCAAUUCAAAGAAUUCAUUUUCUAAUAUUCCAAUUAUUAGUCCCUUGUCACUUUUAAAAAAAAAUUUUUUUUUUAACGUUUUUAUUUAUUUUUGAGAGAGACAGAGUGCGAGUGGGGGAGGGGCAGAGAGAGAGGGAAUCACAGAAUCCACAGCAGGCUCCAGGCUCCAAGCUGUCAGCACAGAGCCCAGUGCGGGGCUCGAACUCACAAACUGUGAGAUCAUGCCUGAGCCAAAGUUGGACACCCAACCGACAGAGCCACCCAGGUGCCCCAGCCCCUUGCCACUUUUGAACACUGGAAGUAUAUUUUCCUACUCUGUAGCCUGGCUGUUGAACAUAAAUCUUAAUUUUUAUGCAAUCAAAUCCAUCAGUUUUUCACCUUAUGGUUAAUGUGUUUGGGAUUUUAUUUAAGAAAUCGUUUCUAUCCUUAGACUGCAAAACAUUCCCCACCAUUUUCUUCUAUUAGCUUUAUAGUUUUACCUUUUGUGUUUAAGCCUUUUAGACAUCUGGAGUCAAUUUUAUAUGAUGUGUAAUAGUCCUUAUAGCAUUUGCUUUUUCAACACAUACUAAUGGAAUGCCUGCUAAGGGUGAGGCACUGUUCCCAGUACUGUACUUUGUAUACGUAUGUAAACAAAUACUCUUGCCCUGGGAGCUUCAGUUAUCCUAUCAGGACUGACCUAUUGAAAUACUCUAACCAUGACUAAAAGAGAAGCAGAGGAGCUGAUAGAAAUUGAGAUUGAUGGGACAGAGAAACCAGAGUGCACAGAAGAAAGCAUUGUAGAACAAACCUACACUCCGGCUGAAUGUGUAAGCCAGGCUAUAGACAUCAAUGAGCCAAUAGGCAAUUUAAAGAAACUGCUAGAACCAAGACUACAGUGUUCUUUGGAUGCUCAUGAAAUUUGCCUGCAAGAUAUCCAGCUGGACCCAGAACGAAGUUUGUUUGACCAAGGAGUAAAGACAGAUGGAACUGUACAACUUAGUGUACAGGUAAUUUCUUACCAAGGAAUUGAGCCUAAGCUAAACAUCCUUGAAAUUGUUAAACCGGCGGAAACAGUUGAAGUAGUUAUUGAUCCAGAUGCCCACCAUGCUGAAGCAGAAGCACAUCUUGUUGAAGAAGCUCAAGUAAUAACUCUUGAUGGCACAAAACACAUCACAACUAUUUCAGAUGAAACCUCAGAACAGGUGACAAGAUGGGCUGCCGCACUGGAAGGUUACAGGAAAGAGCAAGAACGCCUCGGGAUACCUUAUGAUCCUAUACAGUGGUCCACAGACCAAGUCCUGCACUGGGUGGUUUGGGUAAUGAAGGAAUUCAGCAUGACUGAUAUAGACCUUACUACACUCAACAUUUCCGGAAGAGAAUUAUGCAGUCUCAACCAAGAAGAUUUUUUUCAGCGAGUCCCUCGGGGAGAAAUUCUGUGGAGUCAUCUGGAGCUUCUUCGAAAAUAUGUGUUGGCAAGCCAAGAACAACAGAUGAAUGAGAUAGUUACAAUUGAUCAGCCUGUGCAAAUUAUCCCAGCAUCCGUGCAGUCUGCUACACCAACGACCAUUAAAGUCAUAAAUAGUAGUGCAAAGGCAGCUAAAGUACAGAGAGCUCCUAGGAUUUCAGGAGAAGAUAGAAGUUCUCCUGGGAACAGAACAGGAAACAAUGGCCAAAUUCAACUAUGGCAGUUUUUGCUAGAACUUCUUACUGACAAGGAUGCUCGAGACUGCAUUUCUUGGGUUGGUGACGAAGGCGAGUUUAAGCUAAAUCAGCCUGAACUGGUUGCACAAAAAUGGGGACAACGUAAAAAUAAGCCUACAAUGAACUAUGAGAAACUAAGUCGUGCAUUAAGGUAUUAUUAUGAUGGGGACAUGAUUUGUAAAGUCCAAGGCAAGAGAUUUGUGUACAAGUUUGUCUGUGACUUGAAGACUCUUAUCGGAUACAGUGCGGCAGAGUUGAACCGCUUGGUCACGGAGUGUGAACAGAAGAAACUGGCGAAGAUGCAGCUUCACGGGAUUGCCCAGCCGGUCACGGCGGUCGCCCUGGCCACUGCUUCUCUGCAAACGGAAAAGGAUAAUUGAGCCCGGACCUUCUGGGAGCCCAAGGUCUUUCUUAAACGUUAGAGCAAGUGUUGCUCUUACCUUUAUUACUGAAUUUGAAUCUUCUUUUAUUUCUAGACUGUACAAUCUGAUGCAUGAUUUUUUUAUAAAUGUUUCAUACUCUUGUGAAUUUGGAUCUUUUUACUUUGAAGCAUAUAUUUUAGAAUACGUGUAUGUUAAGGAUCACCACAAUGUCUUCAGCGUGAAGCCAGGCUCAUUGUGGGAUAGUUUGGUAACAGUCAGGAAAGCUAAACUGGUCAGUAUUAAUGUCUAGCCCUACCAAAAAUAGCCAGUAGCAUCUGAGGAUGAAGAAUGAAUGAAGUAUCUCCAGGAAACAGUCUGGCUUAACUAUUUUUGAAAAUAUAACUGUUUCCCCUCUCUGCUGCUUUAGAUGUUGCUUUACAUAGAACCAGAAAGUGGAAUUUUUCACAGCUACAGCAUGUGUGCCUGUUUCAUCUAAUCAAGCAGAGCUAAAAUAUUCAUAUCAAAUAAAACUAUAAUAUUAAUAAGUUACUAAACUGAGAGCAUCAAGUUAUUAAAAUAGUUUAUAUAUUUGCAAGCAAAGGACAAUAAGAAGUCGACUGGCAGAAGAGCACUGCCAAAGAAGGAGAUCCAGGUUGAAAUCUGGCUUAACUCCAGCUAAUUUUAAGGAUUUUCUGUAUAGAUUAUUCAUAAUGUCAGGCCAGGAUUUAAAUUAUUUUAAGAGAGGCAUUUAAUUCUAAUAAACCAACUAUUACAAAAAUCCUGAAAUGAUCUCUGUUUUUCCUGUCAGAGAUUGAAAACACCGGAAAGGUAUACCUCAGCCAGAAAAUAAAAGUGUGGUUUAGUUUGGUUUGGUAUGGCUUGCUUUGUUUCUUUGUUUUCAUUGCCUAUUCUGCCUGCAGGUGUAUUAUGCAAAAGCAGCUUAUAGAGCAUUGUGUUUCUGAUCAAAGGAAGCCUUGAAAUCAGGCUGCAGUUAACCUUACCUUUUGAGACAACAACAAACUAGUUGCCAGUACAUUUAAAAGGAAAUUCUGACCUCCAGUAUAGGCAAGUCUUCUCUCAAAACCAAAUUUCCCAUCUAUUUAACUUUUUCCUUUUGAAUAUUAUAUAUGUGUGAGUACCCAUAUAUCUGUAUACAUGUCCAGUUGACCAUUUUGUUGUAUGUAUAACUGUACACAUAUAUGAAUACAUGAUGAUAUUCAAAAGGAAAUGUAUCUUAAAAGACAAUACCUCAUUUAAAAAAAACUUUUAAUUAAAUGAUCCCCAUAUCUAUGAAAACGUCAUCACAAUCCAACACUAAACAGAAAUCACUAGAAAUGUCUUUCUUUUUUGCUUGGUUUCCUUUCUUUUUUUCUUUUUGUUUUUUGUUUUAAGGCUGCGAUACAUGAAUCAUGAAAGGAGAUACUGGCAGAGAGCUUUUUAAUCCUCUUAGAGCAGGAGAUUGAUUCUCAGAUAUUUCUUUAUGCACCUUCUCCCUCAUCAUUUCCUUUAUGGCCAUCUCCCUGAACAGCUUUAUAAAAGCUCAGCUGAUGCUUUUGUCUAACCCGGAGGAAAGGCGGUGGUAGUGAGUCGAGGAGGCAUCGCUAGCAGUCGCUGCCACCAGAACCAGAUGGUCGUUUGUGUUGAGCCGUAGCAGGAGGCGAAUUUAGGAACAAGCAGGAGAGGAAGGAUCUUCUUUUCCGGUCACCUCAGAUCGUGACUUGACGUGCUGUGGCUGGAGGACUGCGUAAUGUCGGUCCCUUUAUAUUAUCAAGUCAUUUAAGGCCCCCCGGUAGAUGCCGGAAAAAAAUAAAACUUGUAGCUUCUAUUUUUACCUUUUUAUAAACACAUACAGAAGAGACUGACAAACUAUUAGUUUACUUUGGGCACGGCGACUGUAAGAGUAUCUGAGUAGAAUGACAGCAGGAAGUCCUGUGUAGAAGCUCCAGGUUCACGUAAGAAAUAGAUCACUAAAAAGGUUUUGCCCCAUCUUCUGGUCUGGAGAGUUGACACGUUGCUUGUAGUUGUAAAACCAUGAAAAAGUCUACUCUUCUGGUAUAUUAUCAGCAACUUAAAAGUUUUGACUUUAACAUUUAAAAUGCUUUUGCGGAGACAUUAUUUUAAAGUUUUAGCAAAGAUGACAGACUUCCUCUAUGUUGCAGUUAUCUGUAUAUGUGUAUUUUAAGGCAAGGAACACCCACGUUCUUUUAGAUCCUAAAGUCAAACUAUUGCUUCUUUUCUCUAAGUCCUCAGGUUCCUUUUUUUUUUUUUUUAAAUACAUCCUACCCAUUUUUCUUCCUUUGGCGGUUUUUAUUCCCCAUUAUCACUUGAACAAGGAUCAUUCUCCUACAGGAUCAGGUGCUAUUUCUUUCUUCUUCACCUGUCAUCAUCACUUCGUAUACUGUAACAUAGGUGAAGUCAUGAGACUCAUUUCCCCAGUGGAGUCAAGAAACUCGAGUGACUUUUUCUCAACUUACAUACUAAAUUGUUCCCCUCGUCCGUGUUGAGGUUACAAAUCAUCAGAAAGCCAGGUAGUCUCUUCUUUUAUUGAAAGAUAACUUGUGUCGUUAAGAGAAAAUAGAAUUCAUGUUAUUCACUCCUUGCUGUUCUUAUGAAUAAAUUUUCCAUAGGAGAAUUUACAGUAUACUUAAAGGAAGAAAGAAUCAUUGGCCAUCUUUUCUACCCUCUAAGUACAAAAAUAAGGAAAUGCCCGUUUUUGUUUUAAAACUUGUUUUCCGCAUGAGGUUCUCCCUGAGCCAACUUUCAUGCAUACCUAGCCCGAAGUUGGAAAAUGUGUGUUGAUACUGGAAAGUCAGACACAUUAAACAGAAAUGCCAUGUGGUUGACCUUCACGUGGAAUGACCGGCUCGACAUGUUCCGCGUGUGUGCAUCCGUGUCCGUUAAGUACUUGUUUUUCUCUCCCAAUUAAUGGGGACACUCGAGUAUGAUACUCCUUUCAAGGGCUGUACCUCCCAUCACUUUGGGUGAGGUCAGCUGUUUUCCAUACUCAUCGUUUUAUGCUACCGCCUUUUAAAAAGAACUAGUGUAUCUUUGAAAUAGCACAAAAAUGUUUUAAGAUUCAUAAUUACCAAACAACCUGUGACUAACUUGAUGUCUUCACAUCUAGAAGGUGUAAAAAUAUUGAUAUUUCAGUGAUAUUUCACUUGCUGCCAGAAAAAAAAAAUAUUCUCAGUCUUUUGUAAAAGGAAGGAGGAUUUUUGCCUACAUUUUUACUCUUUAAAUAAAGACACUUAUACGGUCAUAAUAACAA